UAUACACUUCCGCUGCUCCAUGUGUCUGUAUUCUUUCACAGCGAAGUGAAGAGAUGGCGAAUAAACGUCAACAUAACGAAUCUCCCAAAUGCACAACAACUGCAAAGCAAAGCAAACCAGAAGAAAGCGAGUUUAAUGGCACUGUCUUUAAAUCCAUGUUAAAAGAUCCGUCUAAAGAGCUAAAGGGUUUGGAAACCUUCAUAAGAAUCGCACGGAGACUUCCCUGUGCUGACCUCCACGAUGUCGUCGAGGGCUACAUUAAAGUAUCGGUCGAAUGUUCAGAGAUUUUUAAAUUACUGGAGGCAGAGGGUCGGUCGGAGUAUGAAUUGAUGCAGAUUUUUCAGAGUCUCGAGAUGAUUUUGCUGCGGACAGCCAGCGAUUUGAGUCACUUGAGUAUGGUGGGCUCCAACAUAGUUAAGAAGAUGGUUUCAACUCAUAUGAAACUUCUGCUCACCUCCCUGCAUGCUGACGAACAUCGGUUUGUUCGCCAGUGUCUGCUGUUCCUGUCCGCUAUGGUUUCUCAGGGAGCAGAGGCUGCCAGGGACAUCUUCAGUCACACAAACUUCUGCAAAGGAAUUUCUGGACUCGCUCGCAGAAGAGACAAAACGGGAAAACCUGAUGUAAGAAUGGCUUAUAUACAGUUUGUUCUCUCAUUCCUGAUGUGUGGAGACAACACAACUAUUGAUCAGAUACUGGAAAGCAAAGAUUUAUUGUCUGCAGUUUUGUCCAAUGGACUUAAAGAAGACAGAAUAUCAAUAGUAAACCUGAUUCUUUCCACCCUUCAGACAAGAGUUGUGCAGAAUAAAGCCAUAAGGAAAACUCAGAAGGUGCGUUUCUUUAGCGCUUCAAUACUGGCUCAGAUCGCCUCUCUUUAUAAAUGGAAUGGGAUUGUGGAUGUCGUCACGGAUGAUGAAGAGGAACAGAAAGACCGAGAGGGAGGACAGGGUAUAGUGAGAGAGCUGGUGCAUAAGUUCCUGCUGGACCUCUGCUGUUCUCGUAAAUAUGGGAUUAGUUUCUAUGACCCCAGUCUGGGGACCAUGGGACGAUUGGGAAACAUUGUUCUCCUUCAGUUCCUGGUGGGGCUGAAGCAGUUGACUGAAGACGAGAUGGUGGCAGAUCUGGUUGUUAAUAUUCUGAAGGGCAGUCCUGAUAUUCUCACUAGAUACUUAAAGGAAACCCAGUUUUCAUUCACUCCACGCAUCAAGAGCUCCUGGCAGGAUAACAUCACUCUUCUCAAGAAAAUCUUUGAGGCCCAGCCGGAGAUGUCCAAAGCUUUUCAGACAUCUGAGUUGAUUCCUUUACCUCGGUUGCUUUCCAUGGUGCUGGUCACGUGUCUCCCUUCAGCGUGUAAUAAAUUGUUUUUCACUCAGGGACUCAACUUACCCAACGUGGUGGUCCAACACACCACACUUUCUCUCUUGGCCUUCAUCCUCAAGCGAGCCCAGAAGAAUAUUGAGCACUGUUUAGACAAAAAAGUCUGGGAGACUUCGGACAUUUACAAUCCUGCUAUGAUGGAGGAGUUUGUUCAGCUCUUCAGAGAAGCCUUGAGCAAGAUUCUGCCGGACACGCUGUCCAUCAUUUCCAAAUGGCAGUCGCUCUCAAAGGAAAAGGUAGAUGGUGCCAAGACGGCAAACACAGAACAACAGCAAGAAGACAAGAAAAGGAUUGAAGAAAAACGGGGUGAGGAUGACCCACAGCUUAUUCUGGUGAAAGCGCUGCUUCUCCAAGUGAUGUGCUUGUAUCAGAGGGUGGUACCUCACCUCGUCAGACAAAGCAAAUUCGACUUUAGCAAGCUCCUGAAAGGCGUGGUGAUGAAGAGAGGAACGAAACAGGAAGUUCCUCCAGUUCUGCAGUAUCAGAUUCUACAACUGGCUCUUGAGCUCCCUGCCAGCAAGUUCUCCUGGUUCAGGGUUGAGGAACUAGCAGAUCCAGAUCUUGAAAAAGGAGAGAACUCUGUUUUCUAUUUGUUGUUGAAGAUGCUUGUAAGCGGUAACAGUAACUACUUGAAGACCUCAACCAGGAUGCUUGUCCUAAAAGUGUUGAGAGACAGCGGCGUAUUCGAGCACACAUGGAAGGAGCUGGAUCUAUGGUUGGACCAUCUGGUCCGUUUCGACCCCUCACAGCAGGAGACCGUCAUUCAGUUUUUAGAUCAUGCUCUUGUUCAAGUGGUGUGUAACCAACACGUUUACACUGAAAAAGCCACAGGUAUGGUCCAGGAGGCGGCGUACCUGCAGGCAAACCUGAGCGGCCAAGAGGGAGAUGAAGCUAGCAUCCCCAUAUCACACAUCGACGAUGUGCUGGAUAUGGUUGAUGUUAUUUUGGAGGGGGGUGAAGGGGACAUCGGAGAGAUCGGGCCGUCCCUCACCGACGACGUUAUCCUCCAGACGUUCCCGUUCAGUGUCAUCGUGCCUGCUGUGCUAGAGGCUCGCAACAAUCUGCCAGCCAGUUCAAAACAUAAAAAAGGUGCGGUGUAUGAGUACAUGAGUGCAGUUCUGUGUGACGUUCUGCACUGUCAGAGGGACCCGCUGGCUCUGUGUCUGACCCUCCAGCACUAUGAUAAAGAGUUAAACACAUCAGACACUUCACCUCAUCCUUCUCUUGUCACUUUCUACCAUUACUACUCACAAUGGCUUCCCAAACCAACACAAGACAAGCUGUUUAUCGCUGCAGAUAUCACUGAGGGACCAUCAGAUGUUGGUCUGAGCGCUCUGCUGAAGGCGUCCUAUAGCGAAGGACCCGAUGCUUUCCUGCAGGAGGACUUUAAAGGGGCCGUACGGGAAGCUUUGGAUACACUUGAUCUGUACCAGUUUCCAGUGGUUGUCAAUCAAGUGCUUCUCUACCUCAGAACCUAUGUGGUCAAUUUCAAUUCGCUUGGAAAGGCCAUCGCAUCAGAGGUGUUGGGCAGUCUGAUGACAGCGCUGAACUCUCUCGUUCUGAAGCUGUUGAGCUCAGAACAGUCAACUCACAUUGAUUCUAAAGAAACACCUGAGGACAUAGACCUUUUCCUUGAUAGCGACCUUAUACCUGCUCAAAACCUUGACAAGGAACAGAUCGUGCGGACUGUGCUCAGAUCGGUGUUUAAACACCCGACUGUGGAGCAGUGGUUUUUGGCUCUGGAGUUGAGUUCUUUACCACCGCACACGCUGAAUCCCGUGCGGUUAAAGCAGCUGUGUGGUUGUCUCACGGAGAACACGCUCACCCUGCUGGAGUCCAGUGCCGCCACCCUCAGAGACCUGGAGGCGUCAGACAUUAUCAGCACGUAUCUGACCGCGGCUCACAGAGCCGUACUCAAAGAACUGCAAGAGAAGGGAAACAAAAAGUGUCCAAAAAAGGAAUCGGCCUCUGUUCGAGUUCUCCUGGCUCUGCACGAGUACCUGGACUCAUCUAGUCUGAAGGAGCUGGUGUCCCGUAUUCUGCUGCUCCCUCAAGAGUGUCUGUUGGCUGCCAAGAGUGAGUUGAGCGUGUAUGGUCGUGUGGUAUUGAAACUCCUCACGGAUGACGUGAAUCGGCUGUCUGAAGAGCACAGCAGCUCGAUCGCUCUGUCACAGGCUCACCUGCGGGGUCUGGCCGCUCUCCUCACGUCCUGCCAGUGUGUUCAGCUUGAGGACUUCCUGUUCCGGGUGUUGUCUCGGGAGCCGGGCAGUGCGAAGCUGAUUCAGAGCGAUGUUCUCCUGCACUGCAUCCAGAGAGACGGUCCAUCAGCCGGGGCCGUUGGCGUUCUCCUGCUGCAGAACUGUUCCACACACGUUCUCAGCUUUGAGCUCUGGUGCCUGGAACCAUCAAACCUGUCACAGGUCACCAUCGGGAGUGACAGCUUUCUGCGUUUACUCGACGCCUACCUGCAGAAAGCCGCCGUAGAUGAUCCUUCCCGAUCCAAAGACAUUCAGAGAUCAGUCCUGAAGACUCUGAAGAAAGCGUUCAUGUCUGAGCUGCGGAGCGCCGUGCAGGAUGGAGAAGUCAAGGUGUUGACAGGUCUUCAGUUGGACGUCCUCUCCAACCUCAUCCGACUGGCAGCUGCGAACUCUGACCUCGCACGAUUUAUGAGCGAUCUUCCUGCUAUCCUUCAGAGACCGGACAGUAAUGAAAGGUGGAAGCUGGCGGACUCUGUGAGUGUUAAGCUGUCUGAGAAUCCAGAACUGGGGACUGAGUGGAGGAAAUCUCUGCUUGCUGCUGUCUUUCACUGGCUCAUCGCUGUAUACAAAGAGCAGAAAAACCCACAAGACCAACAAGAAGAAGCCAUGUUGAAACGACUUCAGUCACUGAUGAUUUUCCCAGACACUGUUGCUGCAUCAAAUUGGAAUAACUUUGUCAAGUCCGGUCUAAAGCAUCGGUACCUUGAUCCUGUUUUUCUGGAGACCCUGAACCACUUGUUAGAGAUCAUGUAUGGGACGCUGGAGAGCCCUAAAGAGUUGAUGCCCUUGUCCACCAUUCAUAUGAUGACCACCAGCCACUCUCAGUUCUUGUCCACGAUGCUUUCCACACAAGACAGUGACGGUCUUCAUUUGUCUAAAGAGGCGUUGGUGUCUCUUCUGCUCACUGUGGUGAGAAAAUGUCCUGAAGUGUGUAACAGCAGUCACUUCCUCGUCAAUCUCGGCGCGUAUGGAGCAUCGCUGAGCACCACAGAUCAGAAGAUUUUGCUUCUGCUCCAGGAGUACGAGAAGAACAACAUUAGCCUCACGGAGUUUCAAUUUGUCUUGUGGGGUCCUGCCGCGGUGGAGCAUCAUAAAGCCCGCAAGAGUCUGGGUCCGUCUCUGUGGCAGAAGCCCAGCUCAGAGCAGCUCCUGUCACUGCUUUCCACAGACAACAUGUUAAACACCAUCACGCACUUCCCACAGCAGCGAUAUAUUAUACCUCAGGAUGGCAAAGACAUCAUCUACACACCGGAGGGCAAAGGUUGGGUAGAUCCAUCAUCUAUGUAUGACCCGUGCUUCCUCCUGCCUCUCUUCAGCUUUAUUCUUCGUCCAGAAUGUGAGGUGGACUGCCAGAAAUUUGUUACCAGUCAUGCUUUGGGUGUUACAGUGGCGGCGCUGAGCAGUUAUGACUGGAAAGUGAGGGCCGCAGCGUACCAAAUACUGGGCUCGUUUUACCAGCACCUCGAGGGAGCUCGCUUCCGAGAGAAGAGACAGCUCCUGUACUUGCUUGACACAGUCAAGAAUGGAAUCCGAAAGCAAAAUAUCCGGUUGCCGUUUGUGCAUGUGACGUACAUUGCCAAAGUUGCUCAGCAAAUUUUGAGACCAGAGGAACACAUGUAUUUGGUGAUAAACCGGUUUCUUCUGAGGAAUCAGUUUCUGGACCUGCAAAAAGUCCCUGACUUCUUCAAACUCUUUUACAGCUUUGAUCAAGAGCACAAACUGGAGCGCGAAUGGGUUCUGAGCGUGUUGGAGGAAGGGAUAAGAGAUAAGUUAUGCUAUGAGAUCUGUGAGCAGCAGAAUGUCUAUCAGACUCUCCUGGGCUUUGGGAGCAGUCCACUCUCUGAUCAGUCCUCUCAGAUUCAGAUCGUGAACGUUUUCUACAAGACCGCUCAUAUCACCAGAGCUGCUUAUGACCUCAUCAAAAACCAUGGAGUCUUAACGUGGAUAUUACAGCUGAUAGGAAAGAGGUACAUCGACAGCAGGUUAUUAAGUCGUGUCAUCGAGCUGCUCCAUAAGCUGUGGUUCACUAACUUGGGUGAUAAAGAGAGUCAAACAGAAGCAAGCGACGCUAUAGAAGAGCAACCACAAACCUCGGCCAAAUGUCUUCCUCUUCCAAUCAUCAAUGAGUUUCUGUGCACACUACUCACACUCAUCAGACAUCUGGGAGGUGGUGUGGCUGUACCUCAGCUGAAGGCAUUCCUUCACACACUCUCUUCUGUACUGAUGCAUUGUGGGACAGUUUUAAACGCUCACAAGGAGGCCGGCUGGCUGACACUCCAUCCACGGAAACCUUCUUGCUCCGAAGUCCUCAGUGUCCUGCAGCGCUGGGGAACUCUGGCCAGAGACACCUUCCUGCUGUCGGCUCUUCAAACUCUCGCCGACAAACACAAUGUCAAAGAGCUGCUUGGCUCUGGUCAAGGAAAGAGAGGAGAGAAAGGCCAAGGAAAAAGUCACUCGGCAAAGUAUGCUCCUUUCCGAACUGAAAAACAGGACGACACUGAAGCUGGACAAAGUGAUAAUCUGGUGCAAACUUAUUUGGAGGAUUGUAAACCUUUGCUUCGAGACAUCAUCAUACACUGGGAACCAAAAGUGCAAGAGCCUUCAUGUGACAAACCCGAUGCUAGUGAUCUAGAUGAUGCCGCUACCUGUUUAGUAGUCAAGUGGGCCCUUAAGACAUUGACAGAGAGCCCGUACGAGGACAGCAGUACCUCUGCUGUUUUAAAAUGGGUGCAGAGGAUCGUUCUGCCUCGCACAGAUAUCAUAGAUGCUUUAAGUGAUGAAAGCACGAGAAAGGACUUCCUCAAACUUUAUCACCAGACAUGUGAGCACACGGCCCAAGAGCAGCGCUUCACAGUCGAGACCCUACAACUCUUCUCUGCCAUCAUGAUUCAGAUGCUGGAGGCAAACUGCGGUUCUGUGAGUGACUUGCAUCAGAUGGUGAUAAGCACGUGCUUGCCUUCAGAAGUCGAUGACGACGCCAAUACAGGGAAGGAAACAGGGUUAAAGUUGCUCUCCUUGUACAUCUAUGAGAUGUGGAGUGGAGCUCAGUCCCCCGGCCUCCUCCUGACCCACGCCAGACUGCUGUGCCGAGACAACAGGACAAGCAUGAAAAAAUCUAAACCACACGUACUUCACAUGUGUAAACAAAUAUUGUCUGCUGUAAACCCAUAACUUUGCUCGGCUCAUUUGUGAGAUUCAUUUCCAAGUUGAGUGAAUCUGUUUUGUCAUGUUCGGAGUAAUUGUUUUAAAUUUGUACCUUAAGUCAAACAAAUGUUUUGUGUUUUAUUGGUUUGGAGUGCUGGGUUUAGACAAACACAUUUUGAAAAGCCAGUAUUGUAGUAUUCAUACUAUUACAUAUAAGUUAAGAAUACAAUCUAUAUUUAUAAAAACUGUGAAGAGGGACAUUUAAAGACACAUUCAUUGAGAUCAGGGUUUUAUUUGUAUUAUUAUACAUGAAUAACAGUUUGCUGAUAUCGAUUCCAUGAUGCUUCUCACAUUAAACAUUGAGUUUAUCUUCUUGA